GUCAGCCUUGUUGGAUCUUUCAAUUAUAUUCAGGAAGACUGCCAGCUGUAGUCCAGUGUAAACAAUGAAGUCAUGGGUGCGACGGUUACUGGAGGGACGUGCUGUGACUGAGAUAGAACGGACUUUUUAAAGUGUAUCACUGACAACAAACCGACCAAAUUCACGUGGAGAACUGGUGUUUGGUAGACUGGCAUCUAAUUUGAUCCAAACAAAUUAUUUGCAAAGCUGAGGGAAACCCAGAGUUUAGGGACGGACACUGUAUGCCACGAGGUUGGUGCGAAUACCGGCACCAUCAGCUCCCCGCGUAUGUGGGUUCUCUGACUGCAGGAUCCUGAUUGAGUUGGGUGGUGACUUUUCUCUGGAGAGUCGAAACCCUGGACUGACGGAGAUGUGGUGGUUCCAGCAGGGGAUGAGCUUCCUUCCUGCUGCAUUGGUCAUCUGGUCAGGAGCCGCCUUCGUCUUCUCCUUCAUUACAGCUGUCACGUUGCAUCACGUUGAUCCAUUGGUGCCGUACAUCAGUGACACUGGGACAACUCCACCUGAACGCUGCUUAUUUGGGAUCAUGUUGACUAUUUCUGCAUUCCUGGGUGUUGGAACGAUGUAUGUGCGAUACAAACAGGUGGAGGCUCUGAACCGAGAAGAAGUCAGCAUCAUUUUAAAACUGAACCAAAUAGGCCUUGGCCUUGGUCUAAUCAGCUGCCUGGGGCUCUGCAUAGUGGCAAACUUCCAGAAAACGACGUUAAUUCAAGCCCACAUCACUGGUGCCGUGUUGACUUUUGGGAUGGGUAUCAUCUACCUCCUGCUCCACACCAUUAUAUCCUACAAGAUGCAGCCUGCAAUCCAUGGAAUAGGGAUCUUCUGGAUCCGGUGCACACUCCUAAUCUGGUGUGCCGGAAGCAUCCUCAGCAUGUUUGUUUCCUCUCUGGCUCUCUACACUACAAUUCCCACCAUUGAGAUGGCAAUGAAGUUACACUGGAACCCUUCAGAUAAGGGCUACAAGCUGCACAUGGUCAGCACAAUCUCCGAGUGGUCCCUCGCCUUCUCCUUCCUCAGCUACUUCCUGACCUACAUCCGGGAUUUUCAGAAGAUCUCCCUUCAUGCUGAGGUGGACUUGUGCAGCGAAACUCUUUACGACAGACUUCCGGGACUGGAGCGCAAUGGAGAGCGAAGGGCACUCCUGGCGGGGAGCUUGUGAAUACAGUGCUACCUCUCCCCCGAAUCAGAAGCCCUCCUCUAAACAUAUAGUCCUCCUCCCCCCAUCUCGCCUGCUUCAAAUUCCAAUAUUUGAACUCAAUUCCGUCGCAAAUCACGUUACAAUAUAUAUGACACAUUCCUUCUAAUUUUAUACGCUGUUAGUGAGAGAUCACAAUUUAAUUAUGAACUGAAUGCAAUAAUCAUUACUGUUUUUAACCGUCCUGUCUGGAAUUAAUGAACAGAGGUGCAAAGACUUCACCAAUGCUGGUCAACCCUAAUUAAAGAGCAAGACCAAAAAAGCCCUUAGGAUGCUGUAAGGUUUGAAGGGGCAAUGGGUCCGUAACUCUUCAGAAAGGCGCUAACUGCACUUUGCAAGGAGAAUUAGCCCGAUCUCCUGGUUUCGAGCGAGAAUUCGCUGGGUCAGUGGCUUAACCCACACUGUGACAUUGGAACUGAAUUUAUCCGCAUUGUUCCAGGUGUUCAGCUGGACUGCGCUGCAGCUCGAUCCCUUGGUGUGUGAACUGUCAGGUCUUAUGUUCCAGUAUUCUGACUUUAAUAAAUAAUAAUGUCAUAAU